UUUGUGUAACGAAAAUAAUUGAGUUUCAUUUUGUCAUCUGUCUUUUCACAAUACAAUCCCAUUUUUGAAGAUCCGGCCACUUUUCCUAAAUAAGGCAAUAACAAAAACAUCCAUUCAAAGCCCCUCAUUUUCUCCGGAUUUUAUGAUGAGCUCAACGAAAAAAACAGGGGAAAAAAAGAAACAAAAAAAAAAACAUUACUUUUUCAUCCUCCCUCUUCCUCUAAUGAGUUUCUUCCUCCAUUCAGCUCAUCUCCAUUAGGGUCCUCCUUCAUCUCUUCAGCGUUCUGGAGGGCCCUUUUCCCCUUUCUGACUUCUUUCUCCAUACAUCCAGACAACAUUUAUGAAAAAAAUAGAGAACCAUUUCCAUUAGUGUUCUAUCUCAAGCUAAUGAUAUAUAGCGUGCCUGCUUUGACAUCAUAUCCCAUAUUAUCAUGCAUCUUCAUCAUCGUUAUUAUCCAAUGUGCAUGCAUAGACCACCUACGAAUUUGUUUUGAUGUCAAAAGUUGGUGUCAUCAAGACAAACAGAUUCUUUCUUGUCUUUGACAUUGUUGGAUAUAUACUACAUACGCACAAAAUCGGUUUAGCUGCCGUGAGAGGAUUAAAAAACAUGAGUUGCUUUCCAUGCUUCCGGAGGAAAAAGGCGGAAGAAGGCGACAACCACCCGCCACCUCACCAGCUACCGCUUGCCCAUCCUAAAGAACCGCCCCCAACCUCAACCCCGCCACCUCCUGUGACUGGAACCCCUACAAAAGCAGCAUCAGCACCCGAAGCUGCCAGCAACAGCGAUGCCUCAGACACUGGGAAUUCUAAUAAUGCCAAGGCAUUCAACUUCCGUGAACUUGCCACUGCGACAAAGAACUUCCGACAAGAAUGUCUGAUUGGAGAAGGUGGAUUUGGAAGAGUAUUUAAGGGUACACUUCAUAAUGGGCAGGUUGUGGCUGUGAAACAGCUAGAUAGGAAUGGAACACAAGGGAGCAAGGAGUUCUCUGUAGAAGUUCUCCUCCUAACUCUCCUAAAACACCCUAAUCUUCUCAAUCUCAUCGGGUAUUGUGCUGAUGGAGAACAAAGACUUUUGGUGUAUGAAUACGCCCCAACCGGUUCUCUUGCAGACCAUCUCCUUGAAGAGAAAGAUGGGAAGGAGCCAUUAGAUUGGUUGACAAGGAUGAGAAUAGCUUCAGGUGUUGCUCAAGGGCUUGAAUAUCUACACGAAAAAGCCAACCCUCCCAUCAUCUACCGAGAUUUGAAAUCCACAAACAUCUUACUGGAUCAAGACCUGAAUCCUAAACUAUUUGAAUAUGGUCUUGCCAAGCUCACUGGCGGUGGAGGAGGAGGAACUGCACCAACUAUGACACCAAGAAUUAUGGGAACCUAUGGUUAUUCAGCACCAGAGUAUGAAAGAAGUGGAGAACUUACCUUGAAGUCUGAUGUAUACAGCUUCGGAGUCGUUCUGCUUGAGCUUAUCACAGGUCGCCGAGCUGUUGACACUGCAAGACCUACAGAUGAGCAAAAUCUAGUUGAUUGGGCACAACCCUUUUUCCGGGAACCUAAGAGGUUUCCAGAAUUGGCAGAUCCACUUCUGAACAAUGAAUUUCCGGUGAGAAGUUUGAAUCAAGCUGUUGGAGUUGCAGCCAUGUGCCUCCAAGAAGAGCCAUCAGUUCGUCCUUUGAUCGGUGACGUUGUAGCUGCUCUCAGUUUCCUACAAACGGCUCCUCAAGAUGAACCAGUACCAGAAGAACCACUUUCACAUCCAAUCCCACCAUCUGACAAAAAAGAUAAAGAAAGUACGAGCAGUGAUUCAGAUGAUGGGAGCAGUUCAGCUUCCUCAGACGACAAUGAGGAGUAGCAGACCAGUGUUGAUUCAAGUUUAGGAAUCCAAUGAUGGAGCUGCUUUUAACAGAUUUAAAGUCAGCGGGUCGGGGUUUUG